AUGCGCCUGCCUCGGGCCACCUCCCGCCAUGGCCUGGCCUGGGGGCCACUCGUGCUAGGACUCUGCGGGGUCCUGGCAGCGUCCCAGCCCCAACUGAUGUAUCCAUACCACUCGGAGAACCGGACCUGCCGGGACCAGGAAAAGGAGUACUACAAGUUCGAUUACCAGGUCUGCUGCUCCAGCUGUCCUCCAGGCCAGUAUGUCAAAUCUCAGUGUAGCCGCAGCCGGGACACAAUUUGCGCCUCGUGCUCCCCAAAUUCCUACAACAAUCACUGGAACUACCUCACCAAAUGCCAAAUGUGUCGACCCUGCGACCAAGUGAUGGGCUUCGAAGAGGUCAUGCCUUGCACAAGUACACAGGAUACGCAGUGCCGCUGUCAGCCAGGAAUGUUCUGCACCCAUGGGAGUUCUGAGUGUACACAGUGUGAGCCACUCUCACACUGUCCACCUGGCACCGAAGUCGAGGCCAAAGGUGGUGACAGGGAAACCAACAACAACUGUGUGCCUUGUAAGGCAGGCUACUUCCAAAACACAUCCUCCCCCAGCGCCCACUGCCAGCCCCACACAAGGUGUGAAGACCAGGGCCUGGUGGAAGCAGCUCCAGGCACAGCCCAGAAUGACACUAGCUGCAAGGAUCCACCAGAGGCGUCCUCAGAGAUGCCAGGAACCAUGUUGGUGCUGGCCGUCCUGCUGCCUCUGGUCUCCCUCCUGCUCACCACUGUUAUAGCCUGCACCUGGAAGAGCCACUCCUCACUCUGCAGAAAGCUGGGAUUCCUGCUCAAGAGGCAUCCAGAGGGAGGGGAACACAAUGAUGUUCCAAGCUGGGAACCUCAGAGAACCAACCCACACUUCCCUGACCUGGUGCAGCCACUUCUGCCCAGCCCUGAAGAUUUGCCCCCAGCCAGGCACCCAGCACCCCCAGUGUUGGAGAAUGCGGUGCUACUUCAGCAGAGUCCUCCAAGUCAGGCCAGGGAGCCUGAGGCUGAGCCCGAAGAGCAGGGUCCACUGACCCAUGGUACCAACGGUAUUCAUGUCACCGGCGGCUCUAUGACUGUCACUGGCAAUAUCUACAUCUACAAUGGGCCAGUACUAGGAGGAGCUCGGGGCCCUGGGGACCCCCAGCCUCCACCAGACCCUCCAUACCCCAUCCCAGAAGAGGGUGCCCCUGGCCCUCCUAUCCUCUCUGUCCCCCAUCAAGAAGAUGGCAAAGCUUGGCACUUGGCUGAAACAGAAACACGAUUCACAGAGGACCUGGGCAAGAUCCCUGAGAGGCAGAGUCCUCCAAAGCCAGGCCUCAGACACUGUCGAGAGCAGUGCCAGACACAGGCUGGGCACAGCGUCUUGUACAGACUCUCACUGCUGCCAGGUAAAGCUGAGCCUGCACCACAGACUCACCUGCCCAAUGGGCUGCACCAGCCCAGCUUCAGGCCCUGA